GAAAGGAAGAGGCCGUGAGCUACAAAGUGUUAGCCGACCCAGGCAGGGGAGAGAUGUCACCUUUACUGUGUUAUUCUAGCCUUUAGUUUUAAACCUGCACGUUUAGAGAAGCACCAACACCGGGCUUAUAAACGCGUUACACACCCGUCUGGGUGCAGAAGGCGAGCGGAGGAAGAGAAAUGGGGAUAUAUUCGGCUGAAAACGCCAACAAAGCCAGCUGACUGGCUCAGGUAUAAGAUUAGCAUUAGCCAGCAGUCGUCAAAGGAGCGACUCUUUCAUUAAUAACCAAGGCUGCAUCUAUCGGUUGUUUUACCAAGUGAAACCACAACAAGCGACCAGCAUCAAAUGAAAGGUGGUGGAGGUGGAACUUGACCCAACGGACUGAGUCACCAUUUUCCUGCACAUAAUGGGUCUGAUGGCUACGCUGUAUGCAUGACUUGUUUCGUGUGGCCUGAUGGGAGGACAUUGUGGAUAGUACUUUCAUCGGGAUACCAGGAGAGCCAUCCCAUGCCCCCGCUUGGAGGGCCUGUCAGAAUGAAGAAGAUAAGCCUUAAGACCAUCCGCAAGUCCCUCAGCAUAAAGGGCAAAGAGGAGGGUGACUUUGUCAUGCUCCAGCAGCCCUCGGUGACUACCGAGUUUUCGAAGGAGGAGUCGCUUUUUGGGGGCUGCUAUACCAAAGAGCUCUCUGGCUGUGACCUCGCUGGCGAAGAGGAGAAAGCGAGCCAGAACAAGGGCCGCUCGAAGACCGAGAGCCUGAUGGGAUCGCUGAAGAGGAGGCUGUCGGCCAAGCAGAAGGCAAAAGGGAAAGGUGGUUCUUCCGCCAUAGGCUCGGUGGACGACGACGACACCUUUUCGUCCUCCUCUGUGCCCAUCAGCUUCAACGAGGUGAAAGCCCAGAGGCCUCUCAGAUCCGCGUCCUUACGGAGUCACCAUUACAGCCCGUCGCCGUGGCCGCUGCGGUCGGUCAACUCCGACGACGCGUGCAUAAAGAUGGAGGUGAAAGUCAAAGCCAUGGUCCACUCUCCGAGCCCGAGUCCCAACUUGAACGGCGUCCGGAAGGAGUUUCACGACUUUCAGAUGGAAGGGCUCUUUCAGGACCAAGCGGAGUCCUUAAAGAAUCUCCAGCAACCACAAAACGGUGAGCUGCAUCUAAAUAUCGAUGAUAAUGACGUGCCUGUGGUGCUGGGGUUGACGCCCCAGGACUACAUUCAGUACACGAUGCCUUUAGAUGAGGGAAUGUACCCGGAAGGGUCCCACUCCUUCUGCCUGGACAACUCCUCUCCUAUGGAGGUGGCGACGGAGGCCGACAGCAGGUCCCUCCACACGGACCAGGGACAGGAGGAGCACGAUCUGGUUAGCGGGUUGUCUCCGGAUCUCUUCAUGGAAACCUCAGUUAAUAGUAUUCUUCACGGUUCUGCUAGUAUGAUGCUCCAAAGCUCCAGAGUAGAGGUCCCGCCUCCCCUUUCUCCCCUCCUGCCGCCCAUGACAAGCAACGGACACAUCCCCAGGACUUUUUCAGGGUUCAGCCCUUCCGACAGCCAGGUAGCCGAGAGGGUGAGACACCACCUCAACUUCGACCCCAACUCGGCCCCGGGGGUCAGCCGGGUUUACGACUCGGUGCAGAGCAGCGGGCCCAUGGUCGUGACCAGCCUGACGGAGGAGCUGAAGAAGCUCGCCAGGCAGGGCUGGUACUGGGGCCCCAUCACGCGCUGGGAAGCGGAGGAGAAGCUGGUCAACUUGGUCGACGGCUCAUUUCUGGUCAGAGACAGCUCGGACGACAGGUACCUGCUCAGCCUGAGCUUCAGGUCGCAGGGCAAAACCCUCCACACGCGCAUCGAGCACUCCAACGGACGCUUCAGCUUCUACGAGCAGCCCGACGUGGAGGGGCACACGUCCAUCGUCGACUUGAUCGAGCACUCCAUCAAAGACUCGGAGAACGGGGCUUUUUGCUAUUCCAGGUCUCGCCUGCCGGGGUCCGCGACCUACCCGGUCCGACUCACCAACCCAGUAUCUCGGUUUAUGCAAGUGCGCUCUCUGCAGUACCUUUGCCGCUUCGUCAUCAGGCAAUACACGAGGAUAGACCUGAUCCAGAAACUGCCCUUACCCAACAAGAUGAAAGAUUAUCUGCAGGAGAAGCACUACUGAGGACACAGAGACAGGACAGUGGUAGCAAUUUGCACUUUUGUGUUCAGUUAAAGAGAUUUAAACAAGGUUUACAGACAACCACGGUUUUUGAGACGAUCGGUUCUGGUGGCUCUUGAUUUGUUGUGUCCAGGUGACCCUGUCACUGUUUAGUCCUCCAUUCCACUGUUCUGGGUUUGUUUUUGUUUUUUGUUUUUUUGUUUUUUUUUUCUCGCUGGUUCUCUGUGGCUCUGUGACUUCCAGAAAUAUCAACCAGCACAUAAUCUAUUGCAAAAUAUAGCAGCGCUAUACAGCCAAGUAACAUUAUCGGAAUACGUUAAGUGCACACAUUAAGCACCGCGACGCAUGGAUGUGUGUAAUAUCCAGCUGUGCAAGUAGAAGCAGAUAUUCAUAAAUUUACUGUUGAAGUUGGAAAAAGUAGGAAAAAAGUGUAAUUCCACUCUGAAUUUGAGAAGUCAUUGAGUUUUUAUCCACAAAAUUGUACAUUUUAACAAUGAUUUCUAGGCGGGAAGCUACGUCAGAUUCGUGUCGGGCUCUGCAGGCUGGUAAAUUUUGAUCAUCUCUUGCAUUUUAAUUUUUUUUAGACGUUCAUAUUUCUCAGCGUGAGACGACUGCAAAUGAGAAGGUGUUCUCUGCGUACAUACUUUGCCAUCAGUCAGUUAGGAAGGUGAGGCUUCGUCGUUCGGGCCUGAUCUGCGAUUCUGAUGCCGAGCGGUUUAUAAAUAUAACUACGUUUUGGCUUUUGGCUGAACGGUGCUGGCUUUUAGUUUUGAAUCCGUCACGGACGCGGAAAACACAAAUGUUAAACCAACCAAAACACACGGAGUUGCAAGAGAAAUGCACAAUUUGCCAGUCUGUCCGAGGCUUUAAAUAAUUAUAAUUUUUUUUUUUUUUUUAGUUUAGAGGUAGCUUUAAAAUUGUAUGGCUGCAUGUAGCCAUUAUACAUUGUGCAAGCCUAAAGGUACUGAUUAUGCUGGAUUUUAAUGUUCAUCGAUUUAAUGUAUAAAUCUCUUUUGAAAUAUGUUAACACAUUGAAAGUGAAAUCUUUCUGCAUUAGGAAUGUUACAACAACAAAAAAAAAACAAAAAAAAAAAAGAAGAAUACUGCACCGCAGCUCAGGCCUAACAACUUCGUCACUAUGUGUAAUGCUUGUAUCUGCAUGUAGUCAAGGCUUUAAGACUGUCAAAUUUAAAGGCACUGUAGAGUCGCUCUAGAUGAGAGAGAAUAUCACGGCGGAGACGGUGAGAGGGUUUGGCUGUUGUUAAAGCGCAACUCUUGAGUAAAAAAAAACAAACAAAACAAACAAAGGAUGUUAAAUGCACAGUUUCCUUUACCUUUGGCGGGUUGAUUGUAACCUCCAUCGCCCUUGAACUGACAAACAUGAUCCGAGUCCGUAUGUAAGGGACGGCUCGUUCUUAGCCUCCGAACGCCAGCGCUGAGCUGGACCCGUAUCAAAGGAAAAACCCAGAAGAAGGUGUGAGCUUAGGUAAACAGAUUAUUUGGGAAAGCCAGGGUUAAAUCCUCCUCGCCACCUUGGAGUAAUGCCAGGGUUCAAUCACGACUGCAUUGGCGUCAUUAGCGCUAUAUGGGAUUUUUUUUAAGGACAUCUUUGGACAGUUUUGCUUAUUAUUCACGUUGUCCUCACAGAGCUGCACUAACCCCCCCCCCAACACACAGAUUAUCUCUCUACCGGGCUGUUUGCGCCAGAGUAAAGGGAAGAGCACACGGUUUGCUACGCAAGUGCUUUACACGGAUACUUGACAGGGAAUUGUGUUUUCACGUCAUGAAUGAUUUUAUCUUUUCUCGACAUCGGCGUCCUUAAAAAAGCAUUUUGGAAAAAACGGUCCCUCGGACAACUUUGUUAGGUCGUUAGCGCGUAGGUCUAGUUUUUAGUUUUAGCUGGAAGUGUCGGCGUCUGAGGAAGGAACCAGGAAUCUUAGCACAGCAGAAAUAAAAAUAAAAAUAAAAAUUCGAUAGGAACUCUGGAUGGUGUUGCAUGUUUUUAAAAGACGUAGCAUUUUUUUAAAAAAAAGCUUUGAGUUGUGUAGGAAUGAAGGAUUUAGGUUUGCGUGUUUUUUGGCUGUGCGUAGAGAGAUGUGUUUUUUUUUUUUCCGUCACAAACAUUGGCUGGACAUUCUGUGUACAAGAGAUGUGUUUUUUUUUUUUUUUUCUUUUGGAGAUUUUUUUUUUGUUUUUUCGUCUGUUCUGUGACAUUCGCC